AUGAUCUUUGCUGGUGAUUUUGCCCAGCUUGAGCCACCAGGUUCAGGAUUCUCAUUGUUCUCAGCCAAGGUCAGCAGUCUCAGGCACUCUGCAUCUAUAACAACAGUGGUCAUACUCCGACAGAACAUGCGACAAAAAUCACAGACCUUGGAGAAUGCCAAAUUCAGGAAACCGCUAGAGAAUCUGCGCUACAAGCCCAAGCUGAAUGAUCCCAACUUCCGGAAUGUGUCCAUGAUUCUAUCAUACAACUCACACAGAGACCGCAUCAAUGAGCGUGGUGUGACACGAUUUGCCAAGGAUACAGGACAGACACUGGAGACAUUCUAUUCACUUGAUCACUAUGGCAGUCCAGACGAGGGUACUAGGCACAAUAAAUCCAAGAAGAAUGCAGAGGUGAAGCACAAUGUUGACACGAUUCAUCCUCAUCUGCAGGAACAGCUCUGGAUUCUGCCACACAAGGACACUAAUAACCAUCCAGGAAAGUUGUGA